AUGGUGGAUAUUCUUUUUCCUUAUCCUUUUCUGGGUGCUAUGGGGGAUCAUCCCAAGAAGAAGCCCGGGACGGCCAUGUGCGUGGGCUGCGGGAGUCAGAUCCACGACCAGUUCAUCCUGCGGGUGUCCCCCGACCUCGAGUGGCACGCGGCCUGCCUCAAGUGCGCCGAGUGCAGCCAGUACCUGGACGAGACGUGCACCUGCUUCGUGAGAGACGGGAAGACCUACUGCAAGCGGGACUACGUCAGGCUGUUCGGCAUCAAGUGCGCCAAGUGCCAGGUGGGCUUCAGCAGCAGCGACCUGGUGAUGCGGGCGCGGGACAGCGUGUACCACAUCGAGUGCUUCCGCUGCUCCGUGUGCAGCCGCCAGCUGCUGCCCGGCGACGAGUUCUCUCUGCGGGAGCACGAGCUGCUGUGCCGCGCGGACCACGGCCUUCUGCUCGAGCGCUCCGCGGCCGGCAGUCCCCGCAGCCCCGGCCCGCUCCCCGGCGCCCGAGGCCUGCACCUGCCAGACCCGGGGUCCGGCCGGCAGCCACCUCUGCGCCCGCACGUGCACAAGCAGACGGAGAAGACGACCCGAGUGCGGACUGUGCUCAACGAGAAGCAGCUGCACACGCUGCGGACGUGCUACGCGGCGAACCCCCGGCCGGACGCGCUCAUGAAGGAACAGUUGGUGGAGAUGACCGGCCUGAGCCCGCGGGUCAUCCGCGUCUGGUUCCAGAACAAGCGCUGCAAGGACAAGAAGAAAUCCAUCCUCAUGAAACAGCUGCAGCAGCAGCAGCACAACGACAAGACGAGCCUCCAGGGACUGACCGGGACGCCCCUGGUGGCCGGCAGCCCAAUUCGCCACGAGAGUGCAGUGCAGGGCAGUGCUGUGGAAGUGCAGACCUACCAGCCACCUUGGAAAGCGCUCAGCGAGUUUGCUCUCCAGAGCGACCUGGACCAACCCGCAUUCCAGCAGUUGGUCUCCUUCUCCGAGUCCGGCUCCCUGGGCAACUCCUCCAGCAGCGACGUGACUUCCCUGUCCUCGCAGCUCCCGGACACCCCCAACAGCAUGGUGCCGAGUCCCGUGGAGACGUGA